GUUCACAGCGACGCGCGCAGCUCGCGCCUUCAGCGGCCCGAUAAGCGCAGACGGGCGAAGCAGGAGAGCAGAGAUAUGGAGGAGCACAAACUCUGACUUCCGAGGAACCGACACUCAGGGGCGGAUGGACGAGACAUUAGUCUCCUAAAAGCUCCAGCAUGAUCCCGCGCAGUAUGAGGUCGUCAGGAGUGGAUCUGCCGGGUGUGGGUCCGAGAGAAGUGCCGCUGAUCGGAUACCGAGCGCUGCAGACGGAGCUGGACGGCUCCCCGGAUCAGCUGUGGAGGGAGAAUGAACACAGAGAGGCAGAUCAUCACACACAGGGGGAGCCGUCCCCAAUGAAGACCACAUGGUACUGUCCACUUGACCUGUCCACUGUGUCUGAAAUGGCGGAGGAAGGCAUCAUCUACACUGUGGUGGUCAAACAGGGGCCUGGUUCCCCCACCAGCCCUCAGGUGAGUCUCGUCUUUCUGAGAAACACUCUAACCCAGAUUAGCUAUUUGUUUUGUCUUAACGUCUUCACGGGUUUCUUCCAGUCUGCAGUGGGCCGUUCUCAGCACGUCAAAGCCGGAACCGAGGAGAAGCUGGUACUGCAUCUCCUUCACUCCUUCUCCAUGGGCGACUCGUCAUUCAUCUCCAUCUUCCUCUCCACCUAUCGCUCCUUCACCUCCACCCAGAGAGUGCUGGACAUCCUCAUAUGCAGGUUGGAAAAUCCUCCUGGGGAGACUCACAGCAAUAGCCGUCAGAUGUUUAACAAAGCGGUGUGUACCGUGUUCAGCACAUGGAUGACUGACUAUCCUGAAGAUUUCCGUUCUCUGAGCGACCCGUCCCGUCUGCUGCGUCUGGCCCCGCUUCUGCCGACAGACUCUUCAGGGGCUGAAAUCAAGAGCCGACUGUUGCGUAUCUCAGAGGAGCUGAGCGAGAAAACCCUGCUGUCUGCAUCGCUCUCAGAUCCUACCAAAAGUGUGUUGUCUCCUCCGAACCCCUCAGACUUCGACGCCACCAGCAUCCUGGGAUUUCCAUCUAGUGUGAUCGCAGAGCAGCUCACCAGGAUUGAGACAGAUCUGUUUCUGAAGCUGGUGCCCCAUCACUGCCUGGGCUCUCUGUGGUCUCAGAGAGAUAAGAAGGGCCAGGAAGGAGCAUGUUGGUCCGUCAGAGCAACUAUCAAGCAGUUUAAUCGCUUGGCUAAUGCCGUCACGGCCUCGUGUCUGUGGAUCACAGCUCUGAAGAGCCAGCAGAGGGCCAGACUUCUGGAGAAGUGGAUCAGCGUUGCAGAGGCCUGCAGAACCAGGAAGAACUUCUCAUCGCUGUACGCCAUCCUCUCAGCGCUGCAGAGCAACCCCAUUCACAGACUGAGGAAGACCUGGCAGGAGACAGACAGAGAAGCUGUGAAGAGAUACGAGGAGCUUUCUGACAUCUUCUCAGAGAAAGACAACUAUUCUCAGAGCCGAGAGCUGCUCAAAGAGGAGGGGACUUCCAAAUUUGCAAACCAUGACACUAAAAUCAACAACAGGAGAUUUACAGGGUCGUGUGCUCAAGGCACUGUGCCAUACCUGGGCAUCUUCCUCAGAGAUCUCACCAUGCUGGACACUGCAGUCAAAGACAGACUAGAGAAUGGCUUCAUCAACUUCGAUAAACGGCGACGGGAGUUUGAAGUCAUCGCUCAAAUCCGCCUCCUUCAGUCCUCAUGUAAAAACAGCAUCUUUCGAACCGAUGAAACAUUCAUUCAUUGGUAUCACAGUGUACCCACUCUGCGUGAAGAGGAAAGCUACAAGCUGUCCAAUCAGAUUGAAGCACCAGGUGAGCCGAGUCCUGGCCGUGGCCUGAACCCUACAGUGAUCAUCACACAAUGUCCAGACGCUCUCUCAGCUGUUGCCAAUACGACAAUGGACGCUGAUGGCAUGUUUGACUUUCCAUCUCCUGUCAAUCAGCUGCUCUCUAAGCUUUGCAAGCAUGUUAAAUCCCCGUCCGUUUCCUGUCUGGACGUUGAUUCGUCACCGCCGUCAAAUGAUUCCACACCCUCAAUCCUGACCACACCCACUACAGCUGUCAAAUCACAUCGCCGCUCCGUCUCCUGUGGCAACAACCCGACCAAUAGCAAACCAGAGGCAGGGCCUGAUAUGAGAAUCGUUAGGAUACGGAUGGAUUUACACGAUGGCAACUUAUACCGCAGCAUUCUGGUUACCAGUAAUGAUAAAACACCCACUGUAAUCAGUUCUGCAUUAGAGAAGCACAACCAGAACGCUCAAGAAGCCUCCAAAUAUGAGCUGAUCCAGCUGCUGCCCGAGGGGAAAGAGUUAAUAAUACCUCCAACAGGAAACGUCUUCUAUGCCAUGUCUUCAGCCAGUGUGGACUUCCUGUUGCGGAGACGAGGAGGAAACACACCGACAGGCUCUCCAAAUCUCGGCAAUGAAACCAGCGCGACCUUCCCUCGAAUCAAAGCCAAGGGCAGGAGACUAGUGCGCACGCUGUUUUAACACAAAAACAGGACAUUCUAGGCCACACAAAAGACAUCAAAUAUGUCAUUCAGAGCCCGGGGCGUAAACAGUGUACAAUUGACCCAAAUAUGUAAGUCCCAAUAUUUGUAAUUUGAGUGAAAGCUUGGUUGAAAUUGCUCUAAGAUGUAAGUUACUGCUAAACAUUGCACUAUUUUUGCAUUUCAUAAAUCCAUAAUGAAUUUCAAGUACCUUUUUGCUGAUGUCAGCAUUUUCAGGACUCCCCGUCUACCUCUUAAGCUAAGGUCCAUUGGUUAAAGAUUAUUGGUCACAGAACUGCAUUACUGAGGCAAGGCACUGCAGGUGAAGAGGGUCAAACAAUUAACAUUUCAUUUCAUUAAAUAUGGGCUUAUUUGCAUACAUUUCAAGCACAGAAAUCUGAACUUUGAAUUAGU